AUGAAACAGACAUGGGUAUCUAAAAAGAUAAAGGAUUACAAAUUAGAAAAUGAAUUAUUUGCAGUAUACGAACAAUACUUGUUUGAAUUAGGCUUUGACCUUCUUAAUAAAUCCAAAGAAACAACCAAAUCUGCCACCAAAGAAAUAACUAGAUCUAUCGAUGUUCCACCCACUUGUUACGGAUCUGAUGGUGGAAUUCUUUCACCUAAUAAUGCGUAUCUCAAUUCAGAAUUAAUUGUUGUUGGGGCCGCAUACACAGCUAACCGUAAACUCAAACAGAGGUAUUCUGAAACCGAGAGAUGGUAUAUUCGAAAUUUUUAA